AGGGUCCAACAACACCCUUGACAUUUCAUUGCUUUGGCCACACUGCACUGUGAAUUGAAAAUAAAUUAGCGCCCUCGUUUCAGUUUUUCCAUCAAUUUAGGUGGAAAUUGACUACCAAUGCGACGUUCGAAGGCUCCCUCGAUGCGCCAGGCAGUAAAGCGCGAAGCUGAUCCUCUCGAGGACCCACAAUCAUCUUGCUCCUGGCCCAGCAUCUCUCUCCCGAGCGAAUGGGGAUCCUCCAAAGGCAGCGAAAGCCUGGGGCCCCGAGAACUCAAAGCUGGCGAGAAUCCCCUCAAGGAGAGCCGCAUUUUCCAUGUGCUCUGGCGCAAUCAGACCACCAGAAAGCACAAGACGUGGACUGGCAACGGAACCCUGGUGGUCACCGGAUCCAUAGUAACCCUUAAGGAUGACACUGGGAAGGUUGUGGACACCAUGACCGUCUUUAAGCAGCGCGAUUUCAAGGAGAACGAUCAGCUGCAAGUCGGCACCAGAGAUGUUGAGGUCCAGGAGGAAAUUAAAACACUCGAAGAGUGCGUGACCCAACGCAAGCUGGAGAUUGCCACUUGGUGCCAGAAAAUUGAUGCACUCAAUGGUCAUUCGGACACAUCGCCACCUCCUGCGCCCAGUGCUCCCUUCAGAUCCCAUGUCCUGAAGAAAGUAAAGCGCGAAGGGAACUUCAUGGGUGUAGAGAAUCCAUCGACUUGGGGAUCCUCCGAGAGUAGUAUUCAAAUGGAUACCUCACCUCAUGUAGGCAGUGCUCCCUGCCUAUCCAAUGAGCUGGAGUGGGGAAUAAAUAGAAAAACAUCUGCGGAGAAUGAAAAUCCUGCCACGUCGGGAUUCACCCGAGCGGAAUAUCUGUGCUUCCUAGCCCCAGCAGCACUUCAAGAGAGCAUAUUUCUUUUUCUGGCUGAAUACAUCAAAAAAUCGAAGGUGGAUCCUUCAUUCAUAGAUGAAAUGGUCCAAGUGGUAUGCGAUCAUCCCGUACUCCUUAAAACACUAUUCAAGAAUACAGACUCUAUGGAACUAAUGCAGGUGCUAGAGCCCAAGCUACCGCCCUGGCCAGAAAUGGGGCUCUACGACUCCGCCAAGUUUGAGUUCGUCCAUGCAAUGCUGGACAAUUUAGUCCUAGAGAGAAAAGAGAAAUGCUGUAUUUUGGCAAACAGUCAGGAUUGCUUGAGACUAGUUAUCGGUUACUGCCAGAGCUAUGAUAUAGACCACGCGCAGCUGGAUAGUCCCCAAAAAAUAUCUGUCUUUAACUCCACUGAGAAACCAAUGGUUGGCUUAGCUCUGACCAGUAACUUACCAGAGAUUAACUCUCUCCGCUGCAAACACCUUAUAAUUUAUAAUCACAAUGCCAGAGAGGAAGCCACUCAAUUGCUGGCACUUGAGGAAACGGACACCAAAGAGUACACACUAAUCACAUCUGGAGGUGGUCCGGAGGAACUGCAGUUUUAUAGACGACUUGGUCUGAUCACAGAUAAUGAUUCCCUAGGGGAUCUUCAAAAUUACGGAGGAAAGCUGAUGCCAAGCACUAUAUAUUUUUUAGGAACUGGCACCUGGAACAAAAUUGAACCACCCUUUAGCAAUAAUUUCCUAGAGGAAUCCUCUAUCACUGAUAGUCUGGACUGCCUUCAACUGGUUUAUUCAAGAAAAAUGAUAGGAAAACUUAAAUAAUAACAAAGAAUGAUUUAAAUGAUUCUCAUUAAAAAACGUAAACUUCA